AGAAAGGGGGCGGAGCUGAGACAGCAAACUAAAUAGAAGUACAAGUGCGAGUACAAGUGGUGGAGGAUUAGAAAAUACAGCAAGACAGCAGAUAAUGGCGUCUCUUGUGAGAAUUGGGGCCAAGUUCCCUGUGAUGCGGAGUGCAUUGAGAGGAACCUCUCUCUAUCGACCAAUCAUAACGGCCGUGGCGUGUCAGAACUCGGAGGGUUAUGUGUCUCGUAACAAGAAGAUGGGACGUCCUCUCUCCCCCAGUUUAAAGCUUCUCGUCGAUAAUCCUGAACCAGUGUGGAUGCUCUCUAUUGGACACAGAGCUUCAGCCUUGAUCCUGACUCCAGUGAUUGCCACGACAACGAUGGAGUACAUGAUAAGUGGGAAGAAGUUUCCAGAGUUUCUCAACUCUUUCGAGUGGCUCACUUCCAACGCAGCAUUGUGGACCUCCUUCAAGUUCAUGAUGGCCUUUCCGUUCGCCUAUCACUGCUUCAAUGGCUUCAGGCAUCUCUAUUGGGACUCUGGUCGUGGUUUUACGAUAAAGUUCACGAAGGCAGCUGGCUUUGCAGUCUUGGGUGCAGCCCUGGUGUCCGGACUAGGCCUGGCUCUGUACACACCAGCAUGAACCUUGAUGAACAAAAAUAGAUUAAUUAUGUGCAUUGUUACGAUGUAGUGUAUAUCAGCUGUUGUUGUCAUGA